AUGUUGGACGGGAUGGUGAUGAACCACCAUCUGGAACUACGAAAUGUUUUUGAUCAACACAAAUAAUAUUUCGUGAAGAACGCCAGUCAGCAAGGCCUAUUUUCAGCUAUCUACAGAAGGAACAAGAUCAACCAGCAUGUAGAAGGUUUGUGAUUUUCCUGCAAAAUUUGUCAAAAUGAGUUUUUUUUGAAAGUAAAACCCCGGUAUAGAAUAUUUUUAGGCAAGAAGACUUUACAAAAACAAAGUUUUGAAGGAUCCGCGUAUAUUUAUGUAGGACUCUUCAAAAAGAAAAUUACGAAGUCAUGUGACAUGGAUAAAAAAUUUUUUUUGAACUAAAGUAGGUCUUCGUUCAGUAAUGUUGUGCGGGAUGGUGAUCAGCCGCGAACGAAGCAGCCAGAAUUUGGGGCGAAGAGGGCGAAGCGUCGGCAGGGCCUCAGGAAUACAAAGCGGGUUACUCUUUAUUUUUGAUCAAUUGAACGUAAAAAUUUUUUGCAUUGGACGGUUCCAAUGACUCCGCUGGCUGAGAAACCGAUGGGGGUUUUCUGCUCCUUCCGUUAUCUUUAAACGAGUAACUUCUAAAAUUUUCUAGCUCAAAACUUUAUUUUCGAAAACUUUUCCUUCCUAGAGCCUUAUUUGGACUAUAAACCUGGCGCAACUUUUUUCGUCGACCAGUUAUAACUUUGAAAAACCUUGCUGGUUGCUCGUCCAAUCUAUAUAGAUACAUUUAAAAAAAAAGCAUAUUUGGAAGAAUCAGAGGGAUUGUGAGUUCUUGACUACGUUUGAAUUACACCAAUAUCAAAAAAUUAUUGAUUGAAAAAUAAAAAAAACAAUUACCUGCUACUGUAUUUUACUUGCAACUUUUUCACGUUGACGUCCGAAAUUCUUGGCGUCAGUUACAGACUAUCAAAAAACUAUUCACUUUUUUCAGAAUUGGUUCGAAAAUGGCGCCAGAGGUCAAACGUUCCGUGCAAACAUUGUCGUCCACCGAAAUGGUACGAAAAUUAAAUAAUUGAAAGUUCAUCCACUGCUUUCUAAGUUAUUUGGAAACGUGAAAAAUGGAAAAAAAAACCCAACUCACCAGGUCAGAUUUUGCCCCUUCCGAACUUUUGGAUGCCAACGAUCAUAAGUAGUUAUCGGUCUGGGGCGCCUUAUUUCGACUUAUGCGAGAUUAUAUUUCUCAAAGUUGGAGAGGAAUAAAAUUUAUAUAUAUCAUUUAAAAGAAGAAAAACUUCAAUAACGAUUUUGAAAUUGGUACCUGUUGAAAUUUCGAAAAUCCAUUUCCGUGCACUACUAAAAAAACGGAAUUUUUCAAAGUUCAAUUUUGUCUCAAUACGAGUAUGGACUGAAAAGUUACAGAAAAUUUGAAUGAAAAAGUUAGUAUAUGUUUUUUCAGGGAUGUUCAGAAAUGUAUUAUUCGAAACUCACUGAUUUAUUUUCAGCGAUGUUGGUCGGGGUGGUAAUCGAUCACCGAUUGAUCGGCGCCAGAAAGAAACAAAAAAGUGAGUUUUCCGAACAAGAAAGAUGUUCAAUAAGUGAGAAAAUGAAAAAAAUAGGUUUUUUUUUUAAAAAACUAAGAAAAAAACAUUCGAAGGUUAUCCUGUGUAUCUAAGUAAUUUUUUGCAGGGAUCUUGGAGAGGGUAGUGAUCAACUACCAAUGGAAACAACGACAACCUUGUGAUCAACAGAGGAAUUUGAUGUGAUGACUUGCUGCUCGAAGAGGUUCAAAAAAUUCUCAAAUUAGGAACGCUUGUGGCUCCAAACUUCUGGUAUUUUUUCAAGGUUCUAAUAUUACAAACCUCUAUAAAAUCAAAAUCUUUUGUACAGUUUUUUUCACGAAUUUUACCAGGGAACCUUUUUUACCCCUCGGUUGAACUUUCGCUGAAACAAACUUCUUCGUUUUUUUUUCUCAGUUUCCUUAUCGUAUUUAUUCUUAUUAUUUUACAGGCCAAACGAAUUGUCGCGGUUCGUCCUUCAAGCGCGUCCAUUCCUGCGAGGACAAAGCGCUUCAGGACUUCUACCAUUACUACUCUGGAGAAAAGGUACAUCUUUGGUUUCGGACCUUAUAUUUUACGCGUUUGCAAGAAUUUUUAUCUGAUUUUGCUCAUUUUUGUUAUCAAAAUAUUCCUAAUCUGGUCGUUCGGAAGUUCUUGAUUAAUAAUUCAUUUUUACGGAGAGCUUUUUCGUGAAUGUUAUAUUUCUUGAGGUCGCCCCACAUCUUGACAGUCUUCGUGGGUGGAAACCACGAAGAAGCUGCAUUCCGGACUAAAAUCCCAAAGGGGAACGGCGGCGCCCAAUAUCCUACAUAAACGUGAGUUUUUUUAAACUUUCUAACAGCAGUGAGAUGAACAAUUUUUAAUUUUUGAUUUAUUCCUAUUUUUGAAAUGUUUAAAGUUCAAAAAAAUUUGUUUUUUUCAAUGCCUAAUUUUUUUGUUGUAAGGGGGAAAAAAAUGAAUAAAAUUUUUGAAACAGAAUUUCCGGAUUUUUUUAUUGAAAAAAAUGUGCUUCCAGAAACGAAUUUUUUUCGGUUUAAGAAAAACAUAAAAAAAGUAUUCUAUUGAUUUUUCAAAGAAAAAGUGAAUAUUAUUUUUUUCAGUGAUCUUUGUGGAAAUGGUGAUAAAAUGGAUGAUGGAUGCCCAAAAUGGAUGCCCGUGUCCGUAACCCGCAGUGCUGGGUUGCGGACACGGGCAUUUUGGCGUGAUUUAUUGGCACCUGGCUACUGUCGAGAAAAAAAGCGGGCUCAUCUUCUAAUUUGCUGUGGAGACUUCCAGGUUUUUUUCUUUUUAUUUUUCAGUUAUUCACACUUCUGAAAAAGCGUUUCAUUCAAUUUUCCGAAAAAAAUUAUUUGAAAAGUAACUGUAGAGGUUUUUUUCUUUUUUUCCGAUUUUUCGAAAAAAAGGAAGAACCAACAAUGGAAAAACAGAAUGCAAUUAUUAUUUUUAAGCCUUACAUUUUGAAAAAUCUAUUUUUUUACUCAUGAAUCUAUUUUUCAGUCAUUCUGGUGGAGAUGGUGAUUGGACACCAGCAAGUGGCCGUUUGUCCUUCCGGCAAAUCAACAACAACCGAUGGCCAUAGAGCCUUCAGAAAAGUGAGUUAUCAUUGAAAAAAAGAUUUUUAUUUGAUAUAGGCAAGAUAAAUGAAAGAAACUUUUGCUGCGUUGAAAUUUUGAGAAAAGAGAAAAAAAUUUUCUUGAAACUAAAUUAUUUUUUCUUGCAGUAA